AUGGUGUCAAAGGAACUUCGCGUUCCAAUCCUCGUUGAUCCCGGCGAAAACAUCAGCGUUACCAUGGAGUACAUCACAGAUAUUCAGAACAACCCUCCUAUCGCAAUCAAAGUUAACUGCUCUAGCUGCCUCUUUCUACAUUUUCAAGCGUACCUUAGUGGGUGCGAGUGCUUACCAGACUAUGCAGCGUGGAGGAAGGGCAUACAAUCCGCGCAGUACAUAUUCAAUACUACAUGCGGUGUACCUGACACCAAUGAGAUAUUCUCAUCUGCAUAUGACAAGUGCCUUGGUCAACCGUAUUUCACUUAUCUCAGCCCUGAUGUGUCGUCAUUUCUAGAUGACGGGGUCACCCUGUCAUGUCAAGCAACUGGUGACAUUCUUCCGCGUACGCGAUGGGUAGACGCGAAGGGAUCCACACUACAGUCCAGCCUGAAUUCAGCCUACCUGAAGGUUGUAGUUGCCGACACUCCUCAAAGGUUUAGAUGUGUGCUCGAUGACGUGAAACCCAGUAGAGAGGUUACAGUAACAAAAUGGGAUUCUGGUUGCAGGGACAUUUACUUUUCUGAAGAACUUAAAGUGUAUCGUUCUGCGCCUCGAUGCUAUUCCUCUCAUGUUCUCAAUUCGAGCUGUUUUGAUUACAACUUCAAUUUCAAUAUAAACCGUCCCGCAAUCGCUCACAAGUUGAGCAUAACAUUCAACUCAGACACCGCUUUACUGUUGAAAAUAAUCCCAAUCAUUGCGUACGAUGUUAGGCUAAGGGUGCCCGGAAUAGAGUAUCUUCUGUACUAUUACAAUCAAGAAGAACAUAAAGACGGCUACGGUAAAGUGAACAACGUGAACGAUACUGCAGUGAAAAUAAACCUGCAACUUGUUCCCCCAGUUGCUUUGAAAACUGGGUUCUUUAAUAUGAUCUUCGCAAUCAUGCCAAGCCAAGGCGUUGAGGAUUUGCUGCAACGGAUAUUGAUGACAGCAGAAGUCUCAGUGAUAGAGUGCGACCAAGGAGACGGCUGCGAAGGAUUCUUCAAAGAGUGGUCCAGACUUGAGACGGAGUUCAAGGAAUCGAAAUGCGGCAAUGGACUGCAGCAGGAAUAUCUGUCAUAUCAGCAGUGUCGGGAAACGGCAGAACCUGGACCAGCUCCCAUCGUUUCAUCGUCUGCCCAGUAUUUGAUCGAGGUUCCUAGUGACUUGCCAAGUGGGCAACCUUUCCCAGUUGAGUGCCACAUUGAGAAUGCCGCCACUUACGAGUGGUACCGAACCAACGCUGACGGCCAGCGUGAUUUCGUUACCAAUGGCUACGCUCUCAUCUUUCCAUCGUUUGAAGAACUCCGGGACCAAGGAGCUUAUGUUUGUGUUGGAAGGGGCAGAGGACUGCUCAUCAAUGUUACCGCGGAGUAUCAAGCAGUCGUGAUGAAAUCAGGUAUCACUACAUUGAUGGCCAACACGACAUUUGUUAAUGAGGUAUUUACCGACGAUCUUCGUGAUGCAUCUAGCGUCGCUUUCAAGAAUCUGACGGAUAAAGUACGCAGCAAGCUGCCGUUGAAUACGAUUUAUCCGUCUGUUGUGAGCUACGACAUCGUGCGCUUCUAUAACGGCAGUGUAAUCGUUGAUAUCAAAGUUGUCGUCCAUUCUCCUAGCAAUGUGUCUGACGCUGGUACUAUUUCAUCAUUACAAAUGGCGAUGUCUGCAUAUGCCUCCGAGAAUUCAGACAUCGGUCUGGAUCCCGACACUGUUAAAGUGGUGUCACUCUCAUCCUGUGCUCGUGAAAUCCUUGAACUAGAAGGCCAAAACGUGACCUUCCCGCAAACAAGAAUUGGCCUGAACGUUGAAUUACUGGAGGAAUGUGCCAUUGACGAAAAACAGGGACGGGUUCUGAUUUCUCGAGCAUGCUCCGGGGAUUUUACCCAGGGUGCACAGUGGCUUGUACCCGUGGUGGGCAAUUGCAGCGUUGAUGUCAAUGGUCAGCUGGAUUUGUUGAAAAAGAUAACGGUAACAAGUGACAAUGUAAUGGAGGUGUCUGAGUCUCUGGAAUCCCUCACCAGCGAUGCCUCAUCAGUCAACGGUGAAUCUGUGGUAUUAGUGGCUGAUAUCCUGGAUAACAUCGUCAACAUUCAGAAUCCUUCCCCAGAAGUAACAUCAAAUGUUGUGCAUGUUGCGAGCAACCUCCUUGAAGUCGAUGACGAGGCUUUCAGCAGCUUACCCAACGGAGAUUCUACAUCCCGCAUUGUACAAGCCCUCGAGACUCAAAUCUCGUACGUUCUCGAAGAUGGAGCGAACUUCACCGCCAUUUCCCGUAGUCUCGCUGUCCAGGCGCUAAAUAUCCCUCCUAGUUCAUUGGAUGAAGGCGUGGGAUUCGUUGUAAUCGAAGGAGAGACUACGGAUGGCGUCCUGACGAAUAAUAGUGUCAGUGUUUACUUUUCCGUCUCUGAAUUUCCUCCAGAGACAGUGGAAUCUUCCAUACAUCUCCCAGAUGAGAUUUUACUCAACCACCCAACAGCUUCUAGUCCGGUACCUAUUAGCUUCAUCGUGUAUCAAACGAGCACGUUAUUUCGUUCAAAACUGAUUGCUGAAGCUGAGUCAACUGGUUCCCGUCUGUAUGUGAAUAGUGCAGUCAUUUCUGCUACGGUGGCUGGUGUCCAUAUCGAGAACCUACCAGCAGAUGAUCCUGUGGUUGUUAUCUUCUAUCAGAAUCCAUUGAUUGAAGGUGAAGGGGCGGAAGUGCAGUGCGUUUUCUGGGAUAACCAACUUCAAGAUGGAAACGGAGAAUGGUCAACAGAGGGCUGUAGACAAUUCACCUCAGUCAGCGAGAGGACUGUGUGUCACUGUAAUCAUACUACCAGCUUUGCAGUACUCGUGGACAUUCACGGCCAAAAAUACUCGAGCUUAGCUCUCGAUAUCAUCAGUAAGAUUGGAUGUGCAGUGUCGAUUGCUUCCCUUGUUUUCACCAUCAUCAUAUACCUCGCCAUCAAGUCCCUGCGAGAGAAGACGCCAAGUCGCAUCUUAGUUUGCUUCUCUUUCUCACUGCUCUGUCUCUAUCUGGUCUUCCUGAUUGGUAUUGAGCAGACGUCUUCUCGCAUAGGUUGCAUCAUCGUUGCUGUAUUGAUGCACUAUUUCACUCUUAGCUCCAUGGCAUGGAUGGGAGUCGAGGCAACCAGCCUCUAUCUGAAACUCGUUAGAGUCUUCAACUCUAACGUGGUACACUUCAUGGUCAAGGCUUCUAUCGCUGCAUGGGGAUUGCCGGUGGUUAUUAUUGGAGUUAUACUGGCGGUGGAUUACACGGCUUAUGAAAACAAAAACAGUUGUUUCUUGAAGCCUGGCGCAGCCUUCUACUACGGUCAGCUGCUCAUGAUCGGUCUGGUCUUCCUCUAUAAUGCCUGCAUUUUGUCCUGA